AGCGGAAGCAGCCAGCCGCCGGCGGAGACACUUCUCAGCGUGGCAGCCCGGGUCUGCGCCUGAAGCCUCCGGAUCCCAGCCAGCUUGGUCCAACCCUCGCCAGUCGCAAUCCCCUGUGCCCAAGCCAAUCUACGCCGAGAGCGGCAGCAUGCAUGCAGUGUCGCGCCCCGGGCUCUGAAAGCAGCCCGUGAACAAGCUUGCUUGCCUGUCUUUUUAGGUUUUGGGGCUCUUGGCUACACGAAUGUGCCUCCCUCCCUUGGCAUGAUGGGGAUCUUUUUGGCGUCUGUUGGAUUUGUGUUCUUUUCCGUGUUAUAUGUACAGCAAGGGCUUUCUUCUCAAGCAAAAUUUACCGAGUUUCCGCGGAACGUGACUGCGACCGAGGGACAAAAUGUGGAGAUGUCCUGUGCUUUCCAAAGCGGCUCCGCUUCAGUGUACCUGGAGAUCCAAUGGUGGUUCCUUCGGGGACCAGAGGACCUGGAGCAUGGAACCGAGGCGGCUGGCUCUCAGGUGGAGCUCUUACCCGACAGAGACCCGGACAAUGAUGGGACCAAGAUCAGUACAGUGAAAGUCCAAGGCAAUGACAUCUCCCACAAGCUUCAGAUCUCCAAAGUGAGGAAAAAGGAUGAAGGCUUAUAUGAGUGCAGGGUGACAGAUGCCAACUACGGGGAGCUACAGGAACACAAGGCCCAGGCCUACCUGAAAGUCAACGCCAACAGCCAUGCGCGGAGAAUGCAGGCCUUUGAAGCCUCGCCCAUGUGGCUACAAGACAUGAAGCCUCGAAAGAAUGUGUCCUCCGUGGUUCCCAGCAGCAUCCACAGCUCUGCCAACCAACGAACGCACUCCACCUCCAGCCCUCAAGCGGUAGCCAAAAUCCCCAAACAAAGUCCACAAUCAGGUGCGAGGAUAGCUACAAGCCAUGGACUUUCUGUCCUGCUUCUUGUUUGUGGCUUUGUGAAGGGUGCUUUGCUUUAAUCUAAAGUGCUGACUUUUUUCCAAUAUCACUUUCUCUUCUUAAAGCAAAGAGCAAAUCGCCUGUAAAAUCUACGGAGCGGACAGCAAAGUUGACCCUAAACUCCAAGCACCAUUCUGCACCCCUGUACUCUAGUUACCUACACAAGGAACAUCAGCUUCCGGAAGCAUAAGUGAAGAGGCUAUUACACGCUUUAUUGAUAGUAUUUUCUUUGGGAAGUCGCUGAUCUUUUAUUUGAAGAGAAUUGAUGUAAAGCGAUAGGACAUUUUCUAAUAACAAGAUCUGGGUUUUUUUUUUGUUUGUUUUGUUUUCUUUCAACAAAUAAAAUCUACAUUUCACUAACUGCUCAGGAGUUGGCCUGAAAAUCAUCAGUAUAGUAGAUAUUUCCAUGGAUUCCACCAAUUUCCUACUAAGGGACACCUAAUCCGAAUGAAGCAAACAAAGAUAGCAAGCCUAAGACAUGCAAACUAUCUUCAAGCAGCACCCCAGCUGGGGAAACAAAAAAACAAAAUGCUGGACACUGUGGAUCAACAGCAAGCAACUUUAUUUUACAUAAGGAAGAAUCAGAGCAAUUUUUUUUUCGAAAAAAAAAAAAACCAACUUCUUUUUCUCCCCGUGGAAUUUUUCUUGGAGUUUCCCUUCUUUUCCUUGAUUGCCGUUCUUGUUCCGUGGUAGCAAGUGCCAAUUAUGGCCAAUCCUAGUCAAUCCUGGGAGGUUUAUAUUCAUGCAUAUUGAGUGUGCUAUAUUUCAAUGUAUUUUAAUUCAUUUUGCAAUUUCUGUAUAUGCAAACCUGGCAAAUUCUGUAAAUUGCUUCUAGUAUGUGUGAUAUGACUUCAAGGUAGAUAGAUACGACCCUCAUGCAAGCUGACUUUCUUCAUUCUAUAUGCAAAUAUAUCCAUGAGCAGAUAUUAGGCCACGAGCUUCUUUUCCUAAAGCAUUAUUUUUCUUUUACAGCUCACGUAUUGUGUGAAUUCUGUAGUGUGUUUCUCUGUUCCACUGGUUUGAUAGCUACGGUUUGUCUCUGUUGUCCUCUGCUUCCUCCUGGAAAAUGCAUAUUUAAGUUGUAUAUGUCUCUGAUAAAUGAAUUAAUUUUGUUGAGUGUGUACCAUGUUGGAAUUUGCUGCGUUCUUUUAUAUGUGUGUUUAUUGAGGUUUGGGGAUCUCGAGUCCGAAGAAUGCACAUCCUGGUUUUGACAGAUCUCCUCAUGUUAUCAAUAUUCUGUCUCAGAAAAAGAAUGAGGCCAAGUGGGAAAACUGGAGAAGAUAUUUUGACUCCUCAGGUUCCUGGAAGAGCAUAUCACACUCAGACUAAAUAACGCUGCUUCCUUUGUUCUUCAAGAAUUUUUUAGCUUUGUCAUUCUGUUAUUUGCUGCUAAUUAUAUUUUAAUGUCUACUAAUUAAAAUUUAAAAUGUGAUUGUUGGCUGAAUAGAAUAUGCAAAUGACUGCAAACCCCAUUACUAAAGAAGAUAGGUGUUCAAUCGUCACUCAUUAAUCAUAGUAUUAAAUAUUCUGUUGUUAUUUUUUUACUUUAUUAAUGUUGUUCAGACCCAUUUUAAAUUAAUCUUUUUCUGGCAAAGAAAGAUAUAACAAUUAAUACAGUCCCUCUUACAAAAUAGAAUAGUUAUGGUUUGAGAAAAAACACAUCCAGAUAGUCUUCCAGAGAGAUUAUUGUAUUUCCUUUCAGUAUAAAUUCAAAACACCAUCUGUGUAGGAAUUUAAGGUUCGAAAUUGAAGCUUGAAGGCCAUGAAUACCUUUGAUUUUUUUUUUUUUUAGGUAAAGGGCUGGACUCUGCCAUUCUAUAAGCAAUGUGUAUAUUUUCAUAACAUUCUUGACAUUCUCUUUUAAGAAGUAUUGUUUUAUGCUAAAUCUUUCCUUGCCAUUUUUUUGUUUCAUUUGAUUCAUUAUUUCAUUCUAGUGAGAAAAAUAAAGGUUUAAUUGUGAUACUUUAUUAACACACAAAUGUAUUUUCUUUCAAAGUUAAAUAUCUGAAGGUUGUUUAGAAUGAAAGGUAAAUAUUUCCUGUUAAGUCUCUUUGAGUUUAAAGGACGCCAUACAUAAGGCAUCUAUUAAUAUUCUGAUUCAAAGUCAACCAUACUUGGAAAAACCAUCAUGUAUUCUAUUGUUACUCAAUGUCCAAUUAAUGAUAUCAGCCAAUUCUACAUAAGCCAAGCCUGUACCCAUAUCAGCAAUGUUCAUCAUGCUUGUAAUAAAAGAGCACAUGCUAGUUUGGG